UCAAAGGGUGAAGGAAAAGAACGAAAAACUACUUGCUUCCCUUCUUCGAGACAGCUUCAGAGUAGCACUGACCGUGGAAACCCAAUUUUGUAGAGCCCUAAGGAGUGGUUCAAUGGAAGAAGGAGAAAGUUUCUUAUGGAAAUCGAACGCAGACGCUUUAACAAUGGUUUCGGUGACCCUUGGGAGAGUGAUCAACACUCUGCUGACUGCUCGACCCAGAAAGCUCAACGACGCCGUUUCCCGCCUUUCCUCCAACCCCCGGGCCAACCCUUCUUCUGGAUCGUUGGAUGAGUCCCUCUGGUUUCUACACAAGUAUGUUAAAGAUGCUGCUGAAAAGGAUGAGUCUUUGGAUGAUUUUCUCAUUCCCAUGCUUGAAAAUUCACUUAGGUCCAAGAACGUGAAGCAUUCUCAUGGAGGCCAAUCUAUGAUACUUCUUAACUGGCUGUUCCAAGAUGAAUUUAUUUUCCAAGCAAUGGCUAGGAAUCUUGCUGAGAUUAUUGCCACUAAAGAUGACCAUUUUAUAGCAUUUGGGUGGUGUACCCUGGUGCGUGGACUUGUGGAUUAUGAAAGUGCUACUGAUCAGUACCCUAUGAAUGGAAUAAGGGAGAGGCAUAUUGAGUUGUUGAAGAUACUUUCCUCAUGUUUUUCACAUAUCUUACAUAUUAUAUCUAAAGGAAGUGCUUUACAGGAUGGGUUUGAGCUGCCAUCUCGCCUUGCAGUGUCUGCUGCUGAUUGUCUUCUGGUUCUAACUGAAUAUAUAACAAAAGUUAUCACAGUUCCAAGCAACAGGCAGAAAUCAUCCAAUGCUAGUUCACCAAGUCAACGGGUUGAGCUACUAUCUACUGGUGGUGGUAAGAAAGCAAUCAAUACUCAUAAAUCAUCAGAAACGUCAAACAAAGAAAUGGAACAUUUACUUUGGGAUCAUUUGGAGGAAAUUCUUCGUCUGGUGCAGAAACUACUUGCUUGGAGCCAAAAAAGUCGACCCUUACAUGUAAAAGGAUUGGAACAAGUGCUUAAGUGGCUGCAAGAGAUAAAAGGUCGCUCUGAUCAUCUUCAGGUUGGUGCAGGAUUCAUGAAGACAGGAGUAUUGUUGCUAUCUUCCUGCUGGAAGCAUUACAGCAAACUACUGCGCUUGGAAGAUCACAAAAUGUCUCAUCAAUACAAGGAAUUAUUGGAACAGUACUUAUCGGGCCUCCAGUUUUAUACAAAGAAUCAUGCGGGAGGUCAUUCUGAGAUCAAGGACAGCGGUACCGAGACCAGAAAAUUCUUUUUGAGUUGUCUAUGCCUUUUGCUGGGGCGAUUUGACAGGAAAAAAUUGGAAAGCGUGGUUUCGGAAAAUGGAAUGCGUAUAGCACAUGCUAUUUUACCACAGCUCCAUUGUGCUGAUGAAGAUGUGAUAGAGGGCGUUGUCUGCAUACUGAAGGCAAUCAUUUUCAAGCCACAUUCUUUGCCAGGAAAUAGUCAUACUGAUAACAGGGAGACUGAUGUGGUGCUCCCCAUGCUGAUUAAUCUUCUAGAUGAGCAAGAUGGCACAGCUAGGGCUGUAGUUAUGCUCAUGGCAGAAUACUGUUUGAUGAGCAAAGACACACAGUGCCUUCAAGAAGUUCUGCAACGCCUUGCUUCUGAAAUUGUUGAGCAGAGGAAGAAUGCAAUUGAGGUUAUAUCAGAACUUAUUCACAUUUCAUCAGAUAAAGCCACUGAACUUGCUUCAUCAUCAUGGAAAGAUAUAGCAGAGCACUUGCUUGAGCGUCUAGAAGAUGAAGAAAUUUCCAUUCGUCAACAAGCAUCCAAUUUGCUUCCAAUGAUUGAUCCUUCGAUGAUUUUGCCUUCAUUAGUUAGUCUUGUUCAUUCACCGGAUGAAAGAGUGCAAUCAUGUGCAUCUGAUGCCCUUCUACGGUUGCUCAAAUAUCAUAAUAAGUCUGCAGAAGUUAUAUGCAUGCUGCUUGACUGUCUGGGAAAUAUUAAUCAAGGCCCUAAUUUUCAGGGAAGUGAAGGAGAAGGGGAAGGAUCAAAAUUGGAGACUGAUCAAGUGCUCAAAUUGAUCCCAGAGUGGUCUAGGAGUGUUGAAAACUGGAACAUCUUGAUUGGACCAUUGAUUGACAAGAUGUUUGCACAGCCUUCAAAUGCAACUAUUGUUAGGUUUUUGAGUUAUAUAAGUGGACACCUGGUGGAAGUUGCUAAUAUAAUUCUCGAUCACGUUUUGUUGCAUACAAAAGGACAGAUUGAUAUGGAUGAGAGCAGCUUUUCCAGAUGGGAGAAUAGAAAUCAAACAAGUGAUGACUCUGAAAAUGUGGAGAAAUUGCUUUUUGACCACCUUUGUCCGUUACUUAUCAUCAGGAUGCUUCCAUUAAGUGUCUUUAAUGACCUAAAGUCAUCAAUCAUGUAUGGCGAAUUUAUCAAUCAAGACGACAGAGACUUCAAGAUCUUCGGUGAUGAGUGUGUUGUUAGCCUCCUUUUCAAAAGGGCAUUUUACAAGUUUGAAUUUGAAGACGUGCGGAAACUGGCUGCUGAGCUCUGUGGGAGAAUUCAUCCUCAAGUGCUCAUACCGAUCAUUUCCUCUCAGCUAGAACAUGCUGCAAGUUCUCGAGAUUUACUAAAGAUGAAAGCUUGUUUGUUUUCCCUUUGCACAUCCCUUGUGGUCAGAGGUAAAGAUUCACUUUCUCAGCCUGCCAUGUUUGACAUCAGAAAAUCGCUGGAGAAGGUCCUAUUAUGGUCUUCUCUAGAUGGGGAUGACGUUUUGAAAGCUCAACAUGGGUGCAUUGAUUGUCUUGCGCUAAUGAUAUGUGCUGACCUACAAGCUUUGGAAUCAUUACAUAAGGACUCCAACAAAGAAAAAAAUCUUAUUGGUGGGUGGAAAAUUGAUUCUGGGGAACCUGCGUCCAGAAACUCUGUCCUCCCUUACGUGAUCAAUCAACUUACGUCUAUUAAGAAUGAACCUGUUUCAACCCCCCAUUUGGGUGGGGAGAUAUGCACAUUUGGGGCACCAGUUCCUCUCCCUUUUCGUCUGUGCAUGGCCAAUGCUCUCAUCAGUGCUUGUCAAAAAAUUUCAGACUCUGGCAAAAAGCCAUUUGCUAAACAAACUCUUCCUUUUCUCAUUCGAUCUGUUGAGGCAAUAACAGAGUCAGAUAUCAGAGCGGCAUGCAUCCAAGUUCUCUUUUCAUCUGUGUAUCAUCUGAAGUCUGUUGUUAGUCCUUACGCAUGUGAUCUUCUAAAACUGUCUGUGAAAGCUCUUAAAAAGGGUUCAGAGAAGGAAAAGAUGGCUGGAGCUAAGCUAAUGGCAUCUCUUAUGGGUAGUGAUGAUGAGAUUUUGGAGAGCAUAUCAGGUGGACUAGUUGAAGCGAGGUCGGUACUGUCUAGUAUUUCUUUGACAGAUCCUUCAAUGGAGCUAAGGCAGAUCUGCUCAAAACUGCUGGCCUGUAUAACAUAUCCUUAAAUUGUUUGUUGCACAGAGAAUAUGGCAGUGCGGUUAGUUUCUCAUAAUUACUCCAUCUUGGUUAUGUCAAUAGGAACUCAAAUUUUGUGUAUGUAUAGUCUGGUUUUCAGAAGAAAAUUGUCUCAUAAUCACAAUCUCUCUAGCCAUGCAUUUUAGCUU